GGAGGGCCCGGCCGGGGUUACGGUGCGGAGCCUCCCGGGGUCGGGGGAGGCGAUGGGAGAGUCCGGCGGGGACGGAUGGGUAUGAAAAGGAAGCAGCCUCGGUCGCCCCUCCCGCCAGCAGGUUGAUUCUCCUUUCAAAUAAUGGCAGGAAAAGUAAAGUGGGUAACUGACAUAGAAAAAUCUGUUCUGAUAAACAACUUUGAAAAAAAGAGGCUGGAUUUCAGGUGGCAGAGAAUGAGACUGGAAUUUUUAUUGGAUGAGUGUGCAAACAAUCAGAAAUGUUUUCAGUGUGGAGACUGGUUACCGCCUCUCUGAUGACCAAAUUGUCAAUCAUUUCCCAAACCACUAUGAGCUGACCAGGAAAGAUUUGAUGGUAAAGAAUAUAAAGCGAUACAGGAAGGAACUUGAGAAAGAAGGAAGUCCUCUUGCAGAAAAGGAUGAAAAUGGGAAAUAUAUUUAUUUGGAUUUUGUUCCUGUUACUUUCAUGCUUCCUGCUGAUUAUAAUCUCUUCGUUGAAGAAUUCAGAAAAAAUCCCUCCAGCACUUGGAUUAUGAAACCUUGUGGCAAAGCUCAAGGGAAAGGAAUAUUUCUAAUCAAUAAACUCUCCCAAAUAAAAAAAUGGUCUCGAGAUAGCAAAACAUCUUCAUUUGUAUCCCAGUCUUCCAAGGAAGCCUAUGUGAUUUCUCUCUAUAUCAACAAUCCAUUGCUUAUUGGUGGAAAGAAGUUUGAUCUUCGUCUGUAUGUUUUAGUAUCUACUUAUCGCCCUCUGAGAUGUUACAUGUAUAAACUCGGAUUUUGCCGGUUUUGCACAGUAAAAUACACUCCAAGUACAAGUGAGUUGGAUAACAUGUUUGUACAUCUCACAAAUGUUGCCAUUCAGAAACAUGGGGAUGAUUACAAUCAUAUCCAUGGAGGCAAGUGGACAGUGAGUAACUUACGCCUCUAUCUGGAGAGCACCCGUGGAAAAGAAGUCACGAACAAAUUAUUUGAUGAAAUUCACUGGAUAAUUGUGCAAUCACUGAAGGCUGUUGCGCCUGUAAUGAAUAAUGAUAAACACUGCUUUGAGUGUUAUGGAUAUGACAUUAUCAUUGAUGACAAACUUAAACCAUGGCUAAUUGAGGUUAAUGCUUCCCCUUCUCUUACUUCCAGUACUGCUAAUGAUCGAAUCUUGAAGUAUAAUCUUAUUAAUGACACACUCAAUAUUGCUGUGCCUAAUGGGGAAAUUCCAGACUGUAAAUGGAAUAAGUCUCCACCAAAAGAGGUUCUAGGCAAUUAUGAAGUCUUAUAUGAUGAAGAGAUGGCGCAAAGUGAUGGGCCUGAUCGUGACUUGCGAGGUCGUUCUGGGCAAUCCACUGGAGUAAAAGGAAAUCGUGCAAGAGAUUCAGGAAAGCCUGUUCUAACCACCUGGAAGUGAUAACAGGGAAAACAGCUGCACUCUUGGUAGGAAGACAUCAUCGACUAAAAUGCAGGUUUUGAACAGAUUCCUUUAUUUUGCUGCUUUGCAUAUGGAAAACAUUAAAAGAGGACGAUACAGCCUUGAAAAAGAUUGGAAACACUAAACCCAGGAACUAUAUGCACUGAGUUAAUGAUUAUUACAAUAAUAUAUAUAGUAUGUAUAUAUAUACAAUUAUUAUAUAUAUAUAUAUAUAAUUUGUAUAAACUAAUAUACUCUCAGUAAUGAUUAAGAACUUUUAUAAAGAGGACAACUCAAAAUAUUCAUUCUGAAAGAAACCCCUUUCCAUUCUGGAUAUAAUUUAUUUCCUAUGGUCACCUGUUCCUAACUCCCUGUGAUGAUCAAGGUAUAGAUUCUGUAAAAGGAUGGUUGUGGUGAUAAUGGUGGUCACAAUGAUGGUUCAGAUUCUUGCUGGUAAAAGAAGAGUAACUAGAAAAAAUAGCAGUACAUGGAGCUGAAGCUAUUAUCAGUUAAUGCAGCUAAUUAUUUAUAAACAGUAUUCAGAAGUUGAAAAGCAGCUCCUUAGAUGCUAAGGAGUUUUUAAAUUUCCUUCAAGUGUUUUAAGAUGCUGAGUCUUUAAAGGUAGAAAGUUUUGUGGACUGAUGGAGUGUUUCAGAUGGUAUAUUGAUGCAUUAUUUCACUAGCAGUUAAUUUUUAUCUCAAGAUAAUGCAUGUCUGUG